AUGCGAACUCUCUCCUGUCAGUCCAACCUUCUGCCUGUAGUAGUGGUGGCUCUCACAGUGGUGUCCUGCGCUGACGCCAAGACCACAGCCAAGCCCAAGUAUCUCUUCACCAAGAAACCCGUCCCUCAGGUCACCGCUCAGCACCCGGUCACCCCCACCGUGGCGAAGAGCAAAGUGGGGUUCGGUCUACACCCUGCCGAGCCCCAACCUGCGCCCACCACAGAGAGGAGCCAGCAACACUACCAGGGUCACACUGAGCCGCCAGGUGUGGGGCCGGAGAACUACACCCUGGAUUACAGCGAGUGCUAUUUUAACUUCUGUGAAUGCUGCCCACCUGAGACGGGCCCGCGGGGUCCCAAGGGAGACAGGGGCCUGGAUGGGCCGCCUGGGGAGAGAGGCCUGACAGGAGCGGCUGGGUUGCCUGGGCCCCCAGGUAUGAGCGGCCCGAUGGGGCUGAAAGGAGACAGAGGGGAUAAAGGCGACAGAGGCAACUAUGGUUCUGCAGGAACACCUGGAGUUCCAGGAAAACCAGGACUGAAAGGUGAGAUCGGCCUGAAAGGGGAGAAAGGUGAAAUAGGGUUCAAAGGUUCCAAAGGAGACGCUGGGCAGAAGGGUGAGCCCGGUCAGAAUGGGACAGCUGGGGAGAAAGGAGAACCAGGCAAAGAGGGGCCAGUGGGGCCUCCUGGAGCUGCUAUUCUGCAGGGGGCUAAAGGAGACAAAGGGGAUAAAGGGGAGUGUGGCACAUUUGGGGAGAGGGGACCGAAGGGUGAUCGUGGGGACACCGGUCCGCCUGGCAUCCCAGGCGCAAUGGGGAUCCCUGGAGUUAAUGGAAAGCAUGGCGCCUCAGGCCCUGUUGGUGUCCGAGGGGAUCCAGGGCUUCCUGGACCACAAGGAGAGCAAGGGGUGAGAGGGCUGCAGGGACCUCAAGGCGUAAGAGGGCUGCCUGGGCCAAAGGGUGACAGGGGUUACCCCGGAGUGAGAGGUGAGCGCGGGUUCAGGGGGUUCAAGGGUGCGAAGGGAGCCGGGGUCCCACAGAAACGCUCAGCCUUCAGUGUAGGCAUCUCCCCCCGAAGAUCUUUCCCGCCUUCGGGGUUCCCGAUCCGCUUCGACAAGAUCUUCUACAACGAAGAGAACCACUUCAACAUCACGUCCAACAGCUUCACUUGCGUCUAUCCGGGGGUUUACGUCUUCUCCUUCCACAUCACGGUGCGGAACCAGCCUCUCCGUGCCACUCUGGUGGUCAACGGGUCCAGGCGCGUGAGGACGCGGGACUCUCUGUACGGGCAAGACAUCGACCAGGCCUCCACUCUGGUGGUGCUGCGACUGGCCGCCGGGGAUCAGGUGUGGAUGGAGACCUUCAGAGACUGGAAUGGAGUGUACGCCAGCAGCGAGGAUGACAGCGUCUUCUCCGGCUUCCUGCUUUACUCGCCCUAG